CAGCGCCGCAGACGUUGGUGAAGUUUAAACUGUCAACAAACUCCGACAAGUUUCCCCGGAGCCCAGACGCGCUCCAGCUUGUUUCCGUAAACUCAACACCCGCCCCUGUCAAAGUGAGCCCGAUGACCGUGCCGUGGUUAACAGAGACAUGUCGGUUUGCGGGCGCGUGAAUGAAGGAUCCGGCAUAAACGGAGCCCCACGCCAUGUCAGCAGCGCUGGACAGACCCGCGGCGGAGCUCACCGUCAUGGACGUGUACGACAUCGCGGCGGCGCUCGGCCAGGAGUUUGAGCGGGUCAUAGACAGGUUCGGGUGCGAGUGUCUGGUCGGGGUGGUGCCCCGAGUGGUGCGGGUGCUGGAGUUCCUGGAGGCGCUGGUGGGCCGCGGGGCAGCCGGGCAGGAGGCCGAGGAGCUGCGCGGGGAGCUGGACAGACUGCGGCGGGAGCGGAGCGACAGAUGCGAGCAGGAGAGGAAGCACCAGAAGGAGUUGGAGCAGGUGGAGGAUGUGUGGAGGGCAGAAGUCCAGGACCUGCUGUCUCAGAUUACUCAGCUCCAGGCAGAGAACAAGAGGCUAUUAGGGAACCUCUCGCUGAAAGAGCCUCCCGUCACGGAGGAGGACCUACAGAAACGUGAAGCAGGAAAAUUAGAGAAAGAAAGCCAAGCGCUACAGAAGCUGAAAGACUUGGUGGAUAAACAGAGAGACGAAAUCCGGGCUAAAGACCACGAGCUUAUGCUAAGAAACGAGGAUGUUGAAGCGCUCCAGCUGCAGCAGCACCGGCUCAUCAGAAUCAACCAGGACCUUCUGCACAGGACUGGAGCGAUGGAGGCUCAGGGCAAGAUGCUAAUCCAGCAGCGAGCUGAGCUGGAGGCCUCUGCCCAAGCUCAGCAGCAGGAGUACGCAGCCCUGCAGCUGGAGGUCAGCAGGCUGAGGAAGGAGCUCCAGGAGAAGGAACUAGAACGAGAACUCGCAGACAUGACGUCCCCUCUGGGGACGAGAUCUGGGGCCUCUUCACCAACAUCAGCAACAAUCACACCUGCAGAAACGUCCCUCUCUGACUCAGCCAAACCAAGGUCGGUGUGGGUGGAGUGUGGAGGGGAUCCUGGCUUCGUGGCAAAGUGCCUGGAGUGUGACAAGAGUCUUUCCCUGCUGACGUCAGCAAAGAGGAACACCGAGGCAGAAAACACGGCAGCACACUUACUGGCUCCGGCAGCUCGUCCAGAGUCAGAGGAUGAGACGGACAGCGCUGAGCAGCAGGCAGACGAACCGCGGUUCACCUUGCCGGAGCUGCGGGAUGUCCUGCAAGAGAGGAACGAACUCAAAGCCCAGGUGUUCAUGCUGCAGGAAGAGUUGGCAUAUUACAAGAGUGAGGACUUUGAAGAUGACAUCAGUCCUGCUGUCUCUUCCCCCGAUACUCCAUCUCACCUAACUUCAGCUGAUCCGCCUGAGUCAGGAAUUAGACGCUUGAUCUUCACAGCCAUAAUGCCGAUGGUGGCUGCCGGUCUAAUCACAGACGAUCCCACCUUGUUGCCAAUCAGAAGACUUGUUUCCUUUGUAUGACCUUAUCAUGCACAAACAACUAGAUUAGUAGCAGAAAUCAUUCUAAACUAAUCUUGUGUUUAUACUACGCAUGGGCCGGCAUCAAAGUAUCAAUCAAAAAUGCAAAACAUGAUUGAAUUGCUUUUAUUUAAAGCAGAAAUGCAGUAAGGGUUCCUACUGUUGCCAAACUAAUAUAGCACGUUGAAUAUCACAGCUGCGACAGAGUUACGCAUAACAUUUAUUUAUCAUUUCAGUUUCAGUACAAAGACUUGGACCGCGAUUUUUAAGUACUCACUCUUUGAAUUUUUAGUAUUCACUUUUAUAUAAAUCUGGUUAUUGCACCGAUAUUUUGCCCUUUAUCUCUCAUGUUGUAAAACUGGAAGCAUAAAAAGCUAAAUGCUGCUUAAUGAGCCAACCCCUAAAAGAGCCUGCAGUCGACUGCUUAACAGAUGAGCUGCAUGUUGCUCGUCAGCUGUGGCUUUAAAACUGUUACCUUAAUAAGAGUGAGGUGUGUAUUUUACCGCUAUAAAUAAGUGAAAAGUGUAGGAGCCCUCUUUCAGCCAGCUGAUUUGCAGUGUUCAGCAAUAGGUAGGGAAGAGACAACAUUACACUUCUCCGUGUUCCUUGCAGCUGGAGGAAACGUUAGCACUUUUUUUUUUGGCAUCUUAUUAAAAGGGCUUUAACUCAAAAGUGUGACAAAAAAGUUUGUACCUUUUGAAACCUUAAACUUUUAAAACGUUUGUAUGCCUUGGUAUCGAUACCCAGCCCCAUGCUUACAGCUAAAAUCUUUGUGAAUUAACCAGUCAGUUUUUAUAUGUUUUGGUUUUAACAGACAAAGGCUUUAAAUUAAUACAAAUAUUCCCAAAGGACCAGGACCACCGAUCAUUUCUUUAGACAUAAUUGGAGCUAUUAAAUAUAUAUAUUUUUUAGCUGUGCGGCCUUAUCUGGAUUAUGUGACAAACUGCUCCAAGACGAGCUAACUGGACAUUGCAGCUGAUUUUAUGUUUUCAUCUUGAAACGUUAAAAUAAAUGUUUAUGGUGUUGCUCUUUUGCCCUGGUAAAGUGCCUUAAUGCUUUAUUAUUAAUAAUUAUACAACUAAUAUGCUAUAUGUAGCCUCUGGCGUCUGCUGAUGAGUGCAUGUAAAAUUGUGGUUAUUGUGAAUAAAGAAAUAAAGGUUUAUUUUUUAC